CUUCCUUAGGAGCAAAGCAAACUCCUUGUAUAUAAAGACAUCUGAUGAGGAACCAUUUCCUCAUCCUAACAUAAACUUCGAUUACAAAUAUCUGGCAUAGCGCUCAUUUGGAUUACUUCAAUCGUUUCGAAGUUCAUGGCAUUUCUUAAAAUGAAGGAACUUGUUCGCAGAUCUGAGAGAGUGAAAUCUCUCCAUGUACACCCUACAGAGCCAUGGAUUCUGCUGAGUCUGUACUCUGGAACUGUGAGCAUUUGGAACUAUGAAUCCCAGGCUACAGAGAAAUCCUUCAAGGUCACUGAGUCGCCAGUGAGGUCUGCAAAGUUCGUUCCAAGCAAGCAUUGGAUCGUGAUCGGAUCGGAUGAUGGGUAUCUUCGCAUAUACGACUAUGGCACUUCUGAGAAGGUUAGAGAAUUCAAGGCGCACGAGGAUUUCAUUCGGUGUGUGGCUGUUCACCCCACCCGCCCGUGCAUCCUUACAGCAUCGGACGACAAGUCGGUCAAGCUCUGGGACUGGGAGAAGGAUUGGAUCUGUUGUAGGACAUUUGAGGGGCACUCGCACUAUGUGAUGCAUUUAGCAUUCAGUCCUGAGGACAAUGAUUCCUUUGCAAGUGCAUCUCUUGAUGGAUGCUUGAAGAUUUGGACUAUUGAUUCAUCGAUUCCGAAGUUCAACAUCGAAGGCCAUUCUAAAGGAGUGAACUUCGUCGAAUAUUACUUUAGCAAUGCAGAUAAUAAACUCUACCUUCUGAGUGGGUCUGAUGAUUGCACUGCUAAGGUUUGGGACUAUGAAACAAAGAGUUGUGUUCAUACACUCGAAGGUCACAAUCACAAUGUUACAGCAAUAUUUGCUCAUCCCGAGUUUCCUGUAGUAAUCACCGGCUCUGAGGAUAAGACCGUUCGUGUAUGGAGUAAAGUAACUCACAGUCUCGAGACUACACUAGACCUUGGCCUUGGAAGAAUUUGGGCUAUUGGAUACAUCAGAGCUUCGAAGCAAGUUGCAUUCGCCUGCGAUGAAGGAACUAUCACGGCAAAGAUCUUCAAUUCUGGGGAGUUGGAUUAGUCCCAAGGGAAUUUCACCGUUGACAGAACAACGACCUCGAAAAAAAAGAAUCUAUUAAAUAAGUGCCUAAGUGUACUUCAGUUUUACGAGAGUAAACAUCUUUCUACUCUUUCCAUAGGAAGACUUUAGCUAGAAAUUUGUUUACUAAUAUUCUCUCUGUUUGUAUACAAAGGCAAUAGCAUUUUUUGCCUUUCUUUUGUUACUCUCAUGUUGGUAAUGUUAACUUAUCUCCAAAGUAUCAAUAGACUUUCAUUAGUUCAUAUAUAUAGCCCAAAGUUAUGAUGA